GAAAAAUUACAAUAAAAAAAGAAAGAGAAAAAAUGCGCGCGGUCUUCUUCUUCAAUUCUCAUUAGCGCUCUCUUCUGUGAAGUAUUGCGCAAUUUACGCUUCCAUCUCCUUGUGAUCUAAAAUGGAAGAAGAGCGUACAAAAAAUCCUUCCCAGUAUACGAUUCAAGUGGAGCUUCUCUGGAGAGUAGUUUCCCAACUAAUCAGAAGUCAAAAUGAAAAAGGCCUUCGAUCAAACUGUGAGGGAGAUAAAGCGGGAGGUUAACAAGAAAGUUCUUAAAGUCUCUUCAAUAGAACAGAAGGUGCUUGAUUCCACUACAAAUGAGCCAUGGGGUCCACAUGGAUCACUCCUAGCUGAUAUUGCACAGGCUACUAGAAACUACAAUGAUUAUCAAAUAAUUAUGGCUGUCAUUUGGAAGAGGAUCAAUGACACUGGGAAAAACUGGCGGCAUGUUUACAAGGCUCUAACUGUUCUAGAAUACUUGGUGGCACAUGGGUCAGAACGUGUCAUAGAUGAAAUCAGGGAACAUGCACAUCAGAUAAAUACGCUAUCCGAUUUUCAAUAUGUUGAUUCCAGUGGCAGAGAUCAGGGAAGCAAUGUUAGAAAGAAAUCUCAGUGUCUUGUAGUUUUAGUAAAUGACAAGGAAAGAAUGCAAGAAGUUCGUCAAAAGGCAUCUGCAAACCGAGACAAAUUCCGCAGCGUGUCAAUGGGUAGUGUGACUCAUCCCCGUUCGUAUUCAAGUAGAAGAGGAUACAAUGAAGGCCGUUAUAGUGGCCAUUAUGGAAGUCAAGAUGAUGAUCAAAUUGGUUAUUGGAGGGAAAGAGGAUGGAGCCACAGAGAAAGAUAUGACAGAAAUUAUGAUGAAGGCGACAGCAGUUAUGCAUACAGUGAUAGUGAUUAUUGUGGAAGUGGAACAAGCCAAAACAUAUAUGAGUAUAGUUAUGGCACAAGAAGUAGAAGCUUUGACAGAGAGAGAAAGAUUGCCUGUGACGGCAGUGGUCAACAUUCAUCAAGGUAAAUUUGAUAGAGGAGUAAUAUGCAAUUACCGCAAGAAGCCCGGACACUUGAUCAAAAAGAAAUACCUGAAUGUAGAAAAUUGCUAUUCAAAAAUCAAGGAAAUCAGCUUGCUCGUGUUGCUUCCGCUACCAAUUCCUCUGAUGGAUCAAUUGCUAUUUCUUCAGACUACUAUGCCAAAUUUAUUUGCUACCAAGAAUCACUAAAGCAUUCCUCUGUCCCUACUUCAGUAGUUUCUAAUUCAGGUAUUUCAAACACAUGUCUUGUUUCCUCAUCCUCGAAAUGGGUCAUUGACUCAGGUGCCACAGAUCAUAUGACCGGUAAUCCUAGUCUAUUCUCGUCAUUUCAUUCAUAUUAAUCUACUUCUAGUGUCACUUUAGCCGAUGGAUCUACCUCACCCGUUCUUGGAUCUGGUACUGUUGUUUCAACUUCUACAUUACCAUUAUCGCCUAUUUUGAGUCUUCCUAAUUUUGAAUUUAAUCUGCUUUCCAUCAGUAAAAUCACUCGUACUCUUAAUUGUUCUGUAAUAUUUUUUCCUGGAUAUUGUGUGUUUCAAGAUCUGUUAACGAAGCAGAUUAUUGGUAAAGGACAUGAGUCAGUUGGUCUUUAUAUUUUGGAUACAUCCAUCACAAAAGGUAUCUCUUGUCUUGGAGUUGGGACUUUGUUAGAUGCUCAUUACCGAUUAGCACAUCCAUCUCUCCCAUUAAUGAAGCAAAUAAAUCCCCAAUUUAAUAAGAUGACCUCUUUACAAUGUGAGUCAUGUCAAUUUGCGAAACACCAUCGUACUAGCUUAAGCCCGCGGGUUAAUAAACGAGCAAAUGCUCCAUUUGACCUUGUUCACUCUGAUGUUUGGGGUGCUUGCCCGGCUGUGUCUAAAGCUGGUUUUAAAUAUUUUGUUACCUUUGUUGAUGACUAUUCUCGUAUGACAUGGUUGUAUUUCAUGAAACGUCGAUCUGAGUUGUUCACUCAUUUUUCUUCCUUUUGUGCUGAAAUUAAAACUCAGUUUAACGUUCCUGUUCGGGUGUUAAGAGGAGACAAUGCCCAAGAAUAUCUAUCUGCUACAUUUAAGUCAUUUAUGCUUCAACAUGACAUUAUUCAUCAAACUUCAUGCGUUGUUAGAAACUGUAAGAGCUCUUCUAUUCCAAAUGAAUGUGCGUAAACAGUUUUGGACAUAUGCCAUGUUUACUGCAUGUUUUUUGAUAAAUCGAAUGCCAUCUGCUGUUUUGAAUAGUAAAGCUCCUUAUCACUGUCUAUUUCCAAACAAAGAGCUUUUUCCUAUCCCACCUAAAAUAUUUGGUUGCACUUGUUUUGUUAGAGAUGUUAAUCCUCAUCUUACAGAGUUAGAUCCCAAAUCAUUAAAAUGUAUUUUCUUGGGUUAUUCUCGAGUCCAAAAGGGGUAUAGAUGUUUUUGUCCGAGUACUGGUCGCUAUCUUGUUUAUAUUGAUGCAUCAUUUCAUGAAAAUACACCUUUUUCAUCAUCUAAGGCAGAUAUUCUUGAGAGUAAUGAUGAUAUUCUCAUUUACACGAUGACUAUUCCCGAGUCCACACUUUCGACAAAUAUUCCACAAGUUACUGUUCCUGACCCUAGGCCUCCCGUACAUUUGGUAUACACCCUUCGACACAAAGCAUCUGAUCACCCUCCACCGGCGAUACCUGUGAUUACUUAUCUUGAUACUAGUUCGACUCCGAUCUCAUGUCCUGAACCAGUACCUGCAUCUUCAGAUCUUGUCUCCACAUCAGAUCUUGACCUCCCAAUAGCACUACGUAAAGAGGAGGUGGUGCCAGAGCUGAGGACCACUCAGAAAAUGAAAGCAAUCAACGGCUUGAGAGGAAAUUUUCAGAACAAAACCUUGCUCCUCUGAGUACUGAGGAGGCUGUUGGUGCACCCACACAUAAUGCUGGAGACGUGGAAACUUCACCUGUGCCUGAUGCAAGUAAAGUUCAAGGCAUAGGUGCACCAGAAAACAAUGAGGCCGUUGGAUUGAGUGAGAUUGAUCCUCAUGCUUCCUUGCCAGCAGAAACAGCACAUGAUGCAACUAGUACUGCUGCUAACGCUGAAAUGGAUUUACUUGGCUCUCUAGUUGAAUCAUUCUCUUCCAACCCACUAGCCCUUGUACCAGCUGGAUCACUUACUACAGCUUCACAGGGCCUUGAGGAUCCCUUUGGUGGUGAACCCUUCAAAGCUAUCCCAUCUUCGAAUGGCAUAGCUGCUCAACCUCUUGAAUAUGUUCCUUCAUCAACUCAAAAUCUUGAUGUUCCUCAACCAGCAGCAUCUCAUAUCUCCAGCCAGGAUAUUGACAUAUUGGCUGAUAUUCUCCCACCAUCUAGGAGUGUCUCACAAAGUGAGCAACCAAUCCCGAAUUACCCAAUUGCAUUUCUACCUCAAUCUACUCAGCAAGCCCUGCAUAUACACUUUGUAUCUCAUCAAAGCGGUCCGACUGCUCAGCAUGGCCGGUUUCCAUCUCAAUCUGGUCAGGCAUCUUUGAUGACAGGUUUUGCUGCUCAACCUGGGCAACAGUUGUUACAGACAAGUUUUCAAACUACUCAUGUUGAUCCAGGAAUGUGGUUUUCUUCCCAAACCAACCACCAACCUCCAUCUUUGGUAGCUAUUCCAGCUCAAGCUGGUUUUGUUGGAGGUUAUGAUGCACCUGCCGGGCCUCCACACUCAUUUCCACACUCAAUGAGUAUACAAACUGGAGCAACAACUACAAAUGAUCAUUAUAAUAAUGCUCUGAGUUUUAUCUCACAUCAUCAUGGCGCCCAAGUGCCUUCAGAGAUGUCGGUUGCCCUUCAAUCACCAAAAAUUCAAACAGCAUUAACUGUCUCCCCUUUAGCCAUUCAGCAUCUUUCUCAGCCAGCCAAAGAAAAGCUUGAGAUAAAGUCAACCAUUUGGAGUGAUACACUCAACCGUGGACUGGUCAAUUUGAACAUUUCUGGGCCUAAAACAAAUCCAUUAGUCGACAUUGGGGUGGACUUUGAGGCAAUGAACCGCAAGGAAAAGCUAAAGGUUAAUCACACUAACACCACAAGGACACCAAGUGUUAUUACAAUGGGAAAAGCCAUGGGGUGUGGCUCUGGUAUGGGCCGUGCUGGUGUGGGCUCUCUUAGACCUCCACAAACAAUUCAGAUGGUAGGGGCUCAUACAGGAGCAGGAAUUUCCAUGGCAAGAGGCAACGGAGGACUAAACAACCAAACAAUGGGUAUAAGAAUGAGUAGGCCAUUGCAGCUGCAGCAGAUUCAACAACCUACUACAGGCUUUCCUCCGGGUCCAAACGUAGCUGGAAGAGGUUACUAUCCUCUGCCUGGAGCUAGGAAUUAUGGUCAGUUUGAUGGUGGAUACAGUUGAGGUCCAAUCAACCUUGGAUUAUGCAAAUGCUGUCAUGUUGUGGACUACCAGGAUCCGUUUGGAAGGUGGGAAAACACAAGAUAAACUGAUAAGGAAGAAAAGGAGAGGAAUAUUGGAGUGCAAAAUUUGGUGGAAAUAAAGAUAGGGUCAAACUUAAUAUUUUUUUUUCUCUCCAAGAACUCACUUGGUGUUUUAUCCUUUCGAUAGAGUAUGCAUACAAGUAAGAUUGUUAUUCAUUUAUUUACAGGUAUAUUGGGCUUUUUUUAAAUUCUAUUCAUUCCCUAUUUGAAGAGGUUAGUGAUAAUGACAGUAUAGAUUAUUCUCCAGCAACUUUUUUAUAUUUUUGUUCAAACUCAUUUUAUAUAUUAUUUGGGUGGGAAUGACUUUGCA